GCUACCCUCACUCUGCCUCUCCUCACCCUCUUCCACCACCACCACCACCCCUAAAUCUCUCGAUGGUGUUCGCAUCCCUCUUUCGUUGCAUGUACAUGUCUCGUUCAUAGGCAACACCACGCGAGCACGCGUUCGUUGUUUGCAUCAUAGGAUAAUAUUUACGAAUCGAAUGAAACGCGGUAUGAAUAGUGAAAAUUGUUCUUACCGCGGUGCGGAAUGAAGUGGGAAACGUGAAUGAUAGAAGUAGUGAUCUUGUCGAGGCAAUAGCCGGAUUCGUUGAUCGAUGGUGUUGACGGUAAAGUAAUCUGUGACAGGCGAAUUGACGAGAUGAGAAAAUUAAAACUGAAUCCGAUUCCUCGAGUUCGUUUGCCCUUCAUGUUACCCGCGGCAGGGCAGCGAUGAACAAUUUUUCGAUUCGACAAUCGAGGCUUUGGAAGAGGCUUGAAAUUAUUUCUGGUAUAACAAGGAAAUGGAAUAAAAAUGAACAACCGUAAUAUCACGAUUACAAUAAAAAUUACAGCGUCGAGUGAUUUUCCACGUACGACGGCAUGUUACUCCAGUGUAGACGGCAUUGAACGAACGUUGUGGUGAAUAGAAACGGACGUCGAGAAGUGAGAUUUUUUCCAGUUUUUAUUUCUAUUGCGACACAUGCUCCGAACGAUUGUUGGGUAAAACAAACGUGAAAAAAUAGCGAGUAGCUGUCUCGGGACCGGGGAAAAGGAAUAGGAGUACUUGACGUUGUUCUGUGAAAGCGAAGAGUGAACGACAGUUUCUUGAAUAAUGCAUCGUUAGUGAUUUUAUUUUUAGUUCGGUCUUUUAUUUAUUUAUUUUUUAUUACUCAUUAUACGUUUCAUCUACCUCCGGUAAAACAAUAACAGUGUAUAUGUUAUACGGUGGACAAUGGCUCGACAUUUGUGUUGGUUUUUUGUGAUUAUUGGGCACCUUGCCCUCGAAUUAUGCGCCCAGAAUCCUGUGGAGGAUAAAGUCACGUUCGAGGCAGCCUUUCAAGGUAGAUGCGGCCAUGGAUCGCCGUGCGAACAGCUUUGCUACGAGCUUCACGACGGGAUGUACGAGUGCGAUUGCAGAGACGGAUACAUCCUUCACAAAAACGGAUACAGCUGCGCAGAGCUGAACUCGACGUCACCCUCGAUGGGUGACCUGGGCGAGUUCAUCGAGGACGCGGAGAGUGACGAGCUGAGUCCUGACCCUGAGGACGAGGACGCGGUCGAGGACAUCCUGUACAUGAGGGGAGCGUCCUUCGUGAUCCACCUGGACCCAGGACCCGAGGUCGGCUCCUCGUCUCCCCCGAUUUCCCCGAACGAUUCGAGCCCAGAUGCCAGGGAAGAUACCAACGAGAUUCCAAAUCACAUUAUCGACCCUUCGCCAACAUCCCAGGGUCAGACGCUGGAACAAAAAUCGACGCCGACCACCGAGGCGGUGGUUAGCACAGACCCCGCCUGCACCCUGGAAUGCGGCCCCGGUGGAAAUUGCUACGUGGAGCCGCGCCGCGCCGAUGACGGAAGCCAGGUCAGUCAGGCGGGACUCGAGGCUACCGCAGCUGCAACCACGAGACUGACGGAGGCAUCCUUUGCUCAGAGAUGCCAAUGUCCGCUUGGGAGAGGCGGUGAUCGAUGUCAGGACGAAUCGGAGGUGAGGUCUCCUCGUUUCACCGGAUCCGGUUGGCUCGCAUUUCCGGCGCUGAGAGCGGCGUACAAACACGUUCAGCUGGAACUCGAGUUUCGCCCGGAAGCCUGGGACGGGGUUCUCCUGUUGGCCGGGGAGCGGGACGAUCUCCAGGGUGACUUUAUGGCCCUGAUACUCCAUCACGGCUUCGUGGAGUUUAGAUUCGACUGUGGGAGUGGCGUCGGAAUCGCUCGGACGUCGGAGACAGUGAAACUGAACGAGUGGAACACCCUGGCAGUUUAUAGGCAUCGAUGGGAUGCCUGGAUUCAGCUUAACGGGGGAAGGCGAGUGCAGGGGAGAUCGAAGGGAUUAUUCUCCAGGAUCACCUUCAGGGAGCCCCUGUUUGUCGGCGGACCCGGAAACACAACAGGGCUCGAAAGACUUCCGGUUACCGUCGGGUUCAGGGGAUGCGUACGACACUUGGAAGCCAACGAGCAUCAUUAUCGGUUUCCUCUCGCCCCUCUCGGGGACGCCGCCAACGGAUUCGACGUCGAGGAAUGCACGGCCGACAGAUGCAGCAAGGUGCCCUGCUCUCACGGAGGGAAAUGUCUGACGACCGGAGGCGACACUGCCGUGUGUCUCUGCCCCCUCGGGUACACCGGUGACCUUUGCGAGACCAGAGUGGACCUCCAGGUGCCCUCGUUCAACGGAUCGUCCUAUCUGAGGUACCCGGGACUUGGCGAUUCUUCCUUAUCAUGGCUCGAGCUUGGCGUAACUCUGAAGCCGACCGCACCCGACGGCGUCAUCCUCUACAACGGGCAUCACAGCGACGCUACCGGGGAUUUUGUCGCGCUCUACUUGGCCGCGGGACACCUUCAGUUCACCUUUGACCUUGGAACGGGCCCCGCGACCCUCAGGAGUGAGAAUCCCGUUCGUCUCGGCGAGUGGCUCGAGGUCCGUGUAUCCAGGACCGGACGCCUCGCCUCCCUCGAGGUCGACGACGAACCACCGCGAGAGAUCAUGGCGCCGGGAGCCUUCACCCAGCUCUCUUUGCCUCUCAGUUUGUAUCUCGGAGGCGCUCCAGCGACCGACGUCUACUCACCGAAGUUGAAAACAACCGCAAGCUUCGUCGGGUGCAUCCAGUCCGUUACCCUCAAUCGGAGGGAGGUCGGCAUCUUGGCCGAGGCUCUGGGUGGCGUGAAUGUCGGUAAUUGCGGGCACGCGUGCGAAGCUCGGCCCUGCGGCGACGCCGAGUGUCGUCCUCUGCGCGAAAGGUUCACCUGUCGCUGUCGGCCAGGAAUGCCUCAUCCUUGCCCCGAGCUCGACGUCUACGAGGCAUCCCCGGGGACCCCGAUUCCCGGACCCGAUCCUGGGAUCAGGGCCACGAAACCCAGUCACUACGAACGCGCCGUUCCCAGUUUUUCUGGUGCCAACAGCUACCUUCACUUCAGUGAUGCUGACACGAUGAAGAGAAUAAUCAGCUUCAGGGUCGACAUCAACAUGAGAUUCAGGGUGAGUAGCAGCAGCGGACUUCUUCUUUGGAGCGGACGGCAGCUCGACCCUCAGGAGACGAUGGAUGCCAACGGCGAUUUCCUUGCCCUGGGACUAGAUCAGGGCUACCUAACACUCGCCUACAAUCUCGGUUCCGGCGAAGCCUCGCUAAGAUACAAUCUGACGAGACUCGACGACGAUCUUUGGCAUCGGGUCAGAGCCGUCAGGAACGAACAGUGGGCUUCACUUGUCGUCGACAGCGGGACCGGGGUUUCCGUUUCCUCGCCGGGGCAGCUCAGGCAACUGAACACGGAUACGGGCCUCUAUGUCGGAGGCGCUCCGGACGUUGUGAGGACGACGGGUGGCCGAUACACCAGAGGAAUCGUUGGUUGCGUGAGCGACUUGGUCCUGGACACGGAUUUCUCGGUCGCCUUAUCGUCUCCAGGUCAGGCGACGAACACGCAUUCCUGCAUUCCCUGAGGUCGCCGGAAGUUCCUCUAGGCCCCAAAAUCCUCUGUAGGAAUGAAUAAAGAAAACUAGGAUAAUAUAAUAUACGCAAUAUACAUAUAAUGUGAAAAAGAUCGACAAAGUUCAAGUGGGUUUUGACCAGACGGAAAUGCAUUAUGAUUAUUCACAACAACGCGGUUCAUCGAUAUCUUAUACGAUUAACGCGCAAAAAGAUGAUGAUAAAAUAAAAAAAAAAAAAAAAAUAAAAGGAAUAAAGAACAAUCAAAGCGGGAAACCAGCUGCUCGGUCACUUUGGAGUUUGGAUAUGUAUUGAGUCGAGACCA